UUUUGGCGGCAUCACGAGGAGGAGCCGCCAUUUUAUGUGCUGAAGCCGCCGUCUCGCGCCGUCUCUGUCUCCGGGAGCCAUUUUCUGUUCUUGUUGGUGAUAUUUCUACAACCUGCAGCAAUGUUUUAUGCUUCUUUAUUUUUGACCAAGCGUGGACCACUGGCUAAGAUUUGGCUUGCUGCCCAUUGGGACAAAAAACUCACCAAAGCUCACAUUUUUGAGUGCAACUUGGAGAUUACUGUUGAAAGCAUUAUUUCACCUAAGGUUAAAUUAGCACUGAGAACAUCAGGACAUCUGCUUCUAGGGGUAGUACGGAUUUAUCACAGGAAAGCAAAGUACCUCUUGGCAGACUGUAAUGAAGCAUUGACAAAAAUAAAAAUAACCUUUCGUCCAGGUAUUGUAGAUCUGUCUGAAGAAAACCUUGAAGCUACCUACAAUGAUAUUACUCUCCCUGAAGAGUUUCAUGACUUUUCUAAUCAAUUGCCUGAUGUAAAUGCCAUUGAUGUUGCUGAGCACUUUACCCUAAACCAGAGCACAGCUGAGGAGAUCACCCUAAGGGAAGAUGUGCACAGGGUGCUUAAGGAUAAUGGGUUUGGUGGUUAUGGAAUGAUGAAGAAUGGAGGUAUCUUGGAUGACAAUCUGACAAGUACUAGUGAAUCAAUAUUUCCUCAAACACCAGUAAAGGACCCUGGCUAUAGUACAAGUGAAAUUGUCACAUUAAGUAGCAAUAAAAAUAGCUUUCAGAAUGAUGGCUUUGGAGAUGAGGGAGCAGCUGAUACAUUGGAAAAGCUUCUGAGUGGUGAAGCAGAAAAUAUGUUUAUGGAUUUUGCCGAGGGAAUCAUUAAACCUCUUCCAAAUAACAACUCAGUCAGCAAUAUGACAGGCAAUUCAGAAGGUCUUAAUUUUAUACAUCGAGUGGAACAUCUUCCAUGUGACCAAACAACCCUGUUGUCUAAUGAAGAAAAGGGCUUUGCCCUACAGCCAGUUGACACUACUGUUUCCUCAGGAAAAAAGAGGGGUAAAAGGCGUCGAAAUCUCACUGUGGAUUGUGUUAAGGAACUUGACAGUAAGACCAUUCGUGAGUGGAUUAGUGACUUCUCAGAUAUCAUCACUACGAUAGACCUGGCUCCGCCCACCAAGAGGCUGAUGAUUUGGAAGGAGUCAGGGGGAGUGGAAAAGCUGCAAUCAGAGCCGGCCCAGUACUUGAUCAGCUGUCGAUUAUUAAAGUUGUUCACAAGAUGCUUGACAAAAGGCCUGCCUCGUGAGGUGAACGGUCAGAGUGAGGAGUUUGGCAGAGAGUGUGAAAUUGAAGCAAUGAGAAGUGAGCCACACAAUGUGAUUGCAGAUUUGCCUAUUAUGGAGGAGCCAAGUCAUAUGCACGAAUCUACAUUAAUUGAGUCCGAUCGAAGCAGCAUUGAUCAUACAUCAAUGUUAAUUCGGAAGAGAAGCAAUAAGAAGGAUAAGGCAACUGAAAAAGGAAGUCCAGCAUCUGAAAUACUUACCGUACACUUAACAUCGGUGGACCUUCCUCUUGAAGUCAGUCAUCCACCUACUGGGCAGAAAAGAAUAGGUGAAGAAAUGGAAGAUGAGCCAAGGAGGAGCCAUUAUGAAGCUCAUAAUUAUGAUGAGAGAAAGUGGAACAAAAGAACUCAACUGUUACUUCACAACCUACAGAAAAUCCAUCAAAGCACAAGUGCCAAGUGUUUCAGCUUGCUGGAGUUGUGCAGAAACAAUAACCGUAAGCAGGCAGCAGUCAAAUUUUACAGUUUUCUGAUGCUUAAGAAACAAUCAGUACUUAUAUUUUCCCAAAUAAAACCCUAUGCCGACAUCAUUGCCAUCCCAGGACCAAGGUUUCACCUUUGAACACUUUGUUCAAUUCUCAGAAUACUCAAUUAUUUUUUAAGCUUUCUGAUGUUGAAUAAUAGUUCAUGAUUCAAACAAUGCACAGAACCAUAGAACAUUUCUCCUUGGACAUGAUUUCUACUGCAAUCCCUUCCAGUUUAGUUUAAUUAAAGUCUGAGUUCAAUUCUGAGUAAAUUUAUACCCAUUUAGCAAGUGUUAGAAUUAAUACAAACAAAAGCUUCAAGUCAAGAUGGUGCUUCAUAGAGCUUGGCGCUGAAGGUCUGUAACAUAAAGGGGAGACAAGUUAAAAGUUUAUUGAAUGAUUGGCAAGCCUAAAGUAUAGCACCUGCUUGUCACCAGCAGUAAUAUAAUACUGGUUAUUGAUGAUGGUGUUGGCGACUAGUCACAAUGGAUGUUGGGUUCCCAGCACCCAGAGGUCACUAGGGACCAGUUUGACAUCAAACCAUUAGCGAUUGUUGGUCAUUUAUUGACUUUGCUGAAAUAUGUGUUCCAUUCUGUUAGUAGCAAAUGUUCAGAAAAAUUAUAUAUCUUUUUACUAAAAUAACUUCAACCAAAGCAUUUUAUUAUAAAAGUUUAUACUUUUUCCUGUGUUUUGUAUUUAAAUAAUUAUAUUUCUGUAAACAGACCAUUUUGUUUUGCUGCCAAGUGUUUAUAGUUGAUGCUCAGAGCUGAUGCAAUAGGCUGGGUAUUAAUAUUGACCAAAUCUUUGGGUGUUUUUCACUGGAAUGUUUUUCUAUACUGUUUAAAAAAUGUUUUAUGUUAUUAUAGCUCUGUCUGAAAUAAAACAACACUAAGCUGU